AUGGACAAAGGGAAUUACACAGCUGUGACUGAGUUUAUCCUGAUUGGACUUUCUCAGUACCCAGGCCUCCAGUUGUUUCUUUAUGUGAUCUGCCUAGUGAUGUACCUGGUGAUUCUUCUAGGAAACAGCUUCCUUAUUGUCAUCAGCAUCCUGGAUCCCUGCCUUCAUACCCCUAUGUACUUUUUCCUUGGGAACCUCUCCUUCCUGGAUAUCUGCUACACAUCUGCCUCUGUUCCCCAAAUUCUGGUUAAUUUUAUGUCUGACAGAAGAUCCAUUUCCUUCACGACAUGUGCACUUCAGAUGUUUAUGUCCCUUGGAUUGGGAUCCACAGAGUGUCUGCUGCUGUCAGUUAUGGCCUAUGACAGGUACAUAGCUAUCUGUAAUCCCCUAAGAUAUACCAUCAUCAUGAAUAAGGAACUCUGUGUGCAAAUGGCUGCUUGGACUUGGAUUAUAGGGUGUCUGAACUCCCUGGUACAAACUACUCUUGCUAUGAUGAUGCCGUUCUGUGGGAAUAUCAUUGACCACAUUACCUCCCACCUGACUGUGGUGGUCUUGUUCUAUGGGUCCGCUCUUUUCAUGUACAUGAAGCCCAAGUCCAGGGAAUCAAAGACUUAUGAUGAGAUCAUUUCACUGUCCUAUGGAGUGGUUACCCCAAUGCUGAACCCCAUCAUCUACAGCCUGAGGAACAAGGAGGUAAAGGGGGCUGUAGAGAAAAUUCUAUUGAGAAAUCUAUUCUUAAGAAAAAUACGAAAAAUCUGA